AUGACAAGAUUGGUUCCAUCAACAUCAACAAAUACACAACAAAUUGCGACUGUAUCCCACCUGGUAGCAUUAGCACAUCAAACACAUCAAACGUUGUCCAAGACACAAGAACAAGAACAACAACAGCAACAAGGGACAACAAUACAAUCAAUGGCCACAACAACAUCAUCAUCAUCAUUAAAAACAACGACAUCAAUAAAAACAACAAAAUCUUGUUUAACACAACCCGUGCAAGUACAAGAAAAUCCUUUAGAGCCUUUGAAAACAUGCUCUGCUACAAUGGCAACAAAAGCAGCUGUUACAGGCGGAGUAACAGCAAUCACAGCACAAUCACAACUACCCAUUUGUACAGCUGCCAUGACAACUAACGAAAUACCAGCGAUAUCAUCAUCAGCAACGACCAAUGGUACUGCUGUGAUUAACAACAACAACAAUAAUAAUCAUCAUCACCAUCCAACGUUAGAGGUAUUAGCGGAUCCUCAAUUGCAGCAGCAAUUAGAACAAGUGCAACAACAAACACGAAAUUGUGAAAAUGCUGCACAAACACCCACAACACCAGCUGCUGACUGCGAAGCUGGUGGUGUGCCCAGUACAGCACCCGCAUCAACCAGCAUCAUGCAUAAAACUCAAGGUGCCAGUACCUCAAAUGCCACAACAAUCACAUCAAUAUCAGCCUUAUCACCCCAGACACCCACGGUAACGACACCCUCCUCGGCUCCAUUACCACAUACCUCGCACACGCCAAAUCCUCCCUCCGCAUAUGCUUCGAGUCAAGUAACGCCCGUUGCCCGAUCUAAACAUCAACAACAGCAAUUGUCCAGCAUAUCGAAUCCCAUGCACAAGGUGACAAAAAGAAAAGAAACACUGGAGGCGAAACGUGAACGCAAAGCGGCCAAGACAUUGGCCAUUAUAACGGGAGCUUUUGUUGUUUGUUGGCUGCCGUUCUUUGCCAUGGCCCUGAUAUUGCCGCUAUGCGAGAGUUGUGAAAUUAAUGAUGCGGUCGCCUCAUUUUUCCUAUGGUUGGGCUAUUUCAAUUCAACGCUAAAUCCUGUCAUCUACACCAUUUUUAGUCCGGAAUUCCGUCAGGCCUUUAAGCGUAUACUAUUCGGCGGUCAUAGACCGGUACACUAUCGCAGUGGUAAAUUAUAAAAAUACUAUAAUGAUAAAAAGAAUACUUUAGUUACCUAAAGGACCAUACAAUGAACACUGAUUCAAUAAAGAAGAUAAAACUAAAGCAUAAU